AUGAAGUUCCAUACACACACGCUGGCCUUUGUGCUCCAGCUUGUCUCGUUGGCGUUUUUGAUCCUGGCCCUGGUGUCGGUGCCCAUCUCCGCCAAGCUGGCCUUGUCGCGCACGCAGCACUACGCCUUUGGCUCGUUUGGGUACUGCGAUACAAGCUCCAACAAGUGCGAGUACUCGUUUGCCGACGGCAAGUAUCUGGAUCUUGGGUCGGGCUGGAAAAUGAGCAACGAAUCCAGGAAGACCCUGUGCAAGCUUAUUUUAGCCACGCCAGCCGCCGUGGGUCUCACUCUUGUGAGCAGCAUCCUUGUUUUCUGGGGCCACUUCCGUUGGGCAGGCCGCUCUGCCGUUUUCUGGGCUUUUUGCACGUUGCUAGCCGUUCUGUCGUUUGCAGGAGCUACUCUUGUUUGUGUUUCUGUGGUGUUGUUAUUUUUCCCCCAUAUCACGUGGACGGGCUGGCUGCUUGUUCCCGCGGCAGCCCUCAACUUGCUGAGCCUCGUGCUGAUCAUCGUCGCGCUCAAAGUCGGCCCGCAGAGCUACGCAGACGACGAUGACGAUGAUAAGCUGAGUAUGUUUGGCGAAAAGGCCGUCAGCGACUCCACCGCGUCGUUCCUGCGAAAACCGUACACCGGUGGGUUUACUGGCCCUACAGGGUUCCCCACACGGUCAUCGCUGGAUGAGGAGCCGGAAAAGCUACGAGACUUUACUGUCGCGCAACACGAGUCGGGCUCGCAAGAGUUUGGCAGCAGCGUGUUCAACGAAAAGCCGGCCCACACGCCUGUUUCCGAAACCGCGAUUAACUCCAGCACGCCCGAACUUAAGUUGCCCGACAUUUCAAACCCGUACCUGUCGAGCUCGGAAAACACCCACUCGCGUUCCGGGCUGAGCAACCGUUUGAACGUGCCUGAGAAGGAUAUUUCGUCGCCUGUUGCGUCGAGCAUCUAUUCGCGCGACGAGCGUCUCAAGCUGUCGAGCGAUAACUUGCCCGACAAUCAUUCGGGCGAUUCGAACGAGAUGAACUCGAGCGCUGCGUCAGACUUCACGAGUGUUUCGCAGCGAGAAAUCAACCCCAAAUAUUAUAAAGGGGCGCCCCAAAGAGCCAAGCUGCCCGGCCAGUACAUGCCGGCUCCUAACGGACCUCCACUGCCGUACAGCGGACAAUACUAUCCACAGCAGGCGCCCGUGCCGAUGCCGCCUCCGCAGCACCAGCCGUACUAUGCUCCAUCGUACAACCCGCCAAAGCCCAAGAGCAGAGCGGAUAUUCUUUUCAACAACAAUCCCGACUUUGCCCUUGGGGGCGGUGGACCGCGGCGCAUGGGAUACAAGAAAUUUGGCGGAGGCCCGCUGCAAGGAAUGCACCCGGGCAUGAUUGGACGGGACGCCAUUCCGCAACAUAUGGCAUCGGGCAGCUACAAAAACAGGCCGCGGCCCAACUUCCCUGCGGCCUCGUUAUCCAAAGACAGUCCCUACGGAAGACUGUAA